AAAAAUGGUUGGCCCCUCCUACCUAAAAACCUUGCUCCCCCUUCAAGCCUUCUCAUUGAAAUCACCAUCUUCUACCCUAAACUCCAUGAAGAUCAAAACUCUUAUCCACACCCUCAUCUAUGCUCAAGUUUGUCGUCUCAUUCGAGCAUUUUCCAAAGCAAAAUCCAUUGCCAUGCAAAUUUAUAAAGAAAGCAAGCCUAUACAUUUCAUUUCCAACUCAAAGACCACAAAAACGAACUACAAGCAUAAGAAGCUAUUCUUUGGUUCAUUUCGGCUACACUACAAUUGGUGCUCUUCUCAUGUUACACCAGUUCCAGCUCCAGUUCUAGAAGGCUGUACGGCAACUCAUUUGUACUAUGAUUCAACAUGGAACUCUGUUAUUUCAACUGAGCAAUGUGAUGAUCAGGAUACUGUGGAGUCUGAGCUUUCAGGUUACCUUCAAUGGCUAGAAGAGAAGAAGGUUAAUGGUAAUUCUACUGCUGAGACAGAUAUCAAUGAGAUUGAUAGGCUAGCAGAAAUGUUUAUAGCUGAUUGUCAUGAAAAGUUUAGGUUGGAGAAGCAGGAGUCUUACAGGAGAUUCCAGGAAAUGCUGGCUAGAAGCAUGUGAAGGUUUUUCUUAAUUAUUAGCUAAUCUUUCUUCUUCUUCUUUUUUAAUUUUGCUUUCCCAAGCUUCUGUAUGUCACAUACAUUGGUGGGGGUGAGAAAGUGUAGUCAUUGAGAGACUGGAGGGCCUUUUUCUUUCUUUCUUUUGUUCUUUUUCCCUUGUAACUUUUCUUCCCUUAUUUUGUGUAUGGAGAAUUGUACAUGACAGAGUGUGGGGUAUUUGUGCAAUUCUUCUCUUAAAUUUGUGAUGGUUUGGUUUCCACUUGCAAGGUUAUAUAUGAUUGGUGGGAGUGGAUCUGCUUCUGAA